ACGGGACAGUUGCGUUCACUGGUUGCGCUAACCGUUCUUAAAGGAGACGCAGCUUGUACAGGUCUUACCUCGGCCACAGGACAUUUGAGGUUUGCUAUAGCUUUAAGAAAGAUAGUAAAUAUUGCUGCAUUUUGAUAGUGUACAUAUUUACUUAAAACCUAACUUUUUCAAUCAAAAUGUUUGUGUAUGUAAGGCGUGCGCGGGGAUGAACUGUUAAAUAGUGGCCUAGCUGGUCCUCUUGGGCCUUCUACGUUGCUCAUAUUUGUCUUUUAUGUUUUUUUUUCCGGGAGUGUGUUACAGAAAAAAAUAACAUAAUUGACUAACAGUGCGUACCAAAGUUAACGAAAGACUAACUAAGAGGGGCAUGAACUCGGGGGAAAGCGAGUUUUCAGGCACCGGUCCUGGGAAACAAACUACCACAGACCCUGGCGGUUGUCCAGCGGAGGCCGCAAAACAGUCCCCGGACUCGAGUGGACCACCCGCCGCCAGAAGAGCGGCUAAGCGGCGGGUGAAAAGUGGAGUAAGCUCCCCGGGGUCCAGUGAUUCUCGGUUGGUUAGCGGGGGUCAUGGGCGCGUUUUGCGUGCUCGGGGAGCCCGGGGAGCUGUGAUUAGCAAGUCUAAGAAUGAAUUCAGCCAGAGGAAACGUGAAAACAUCCGCCGUCCCCGUGGGAGACCUACCGUCACCAGCAGACCUGGCUUCAAAACACAGGCGCCAUGGAUACUAUGAAAAAGAAAUCCUCCUCUAAAAAAGCAUCCCUGCACACUCUUGGACCAAAGCUGUCCAGGUCAAGAAAGGGCCAGCAGGGAGCCUCAACCCAAGAUGCACCAAUGUGCAAGACUGAACCAGAAACAGAGGUUGCAUUACACGGGGCAGAUACAUGUACUUUAAGAGGAACCAGUGAGAAUGUUUCAGAUGAGGACCUGCCUGUUGACGUGGACCCUCCAUCCAGAGACAACCUCAAAGACCUCAUCUCUAAACCUGAGGCAAACAAGGAGAAACUGAAGCGACAUGCAACAUUGAGGCAGAAGGAGGAUAAGAGAAGGAAACAGUCAGAGAAGGAAAAGGACAAAAAUGAAAUUAAAACGGAGGAAUCGACAAAGACGGCCGUGACGGCUGAUGAUGAAAUGAAAGAUGAAAUUGGAGACGAUGCAGAGCCACUUAGGAAGAGAGGGCGUCGACGAAAAGAUGACAAAACCCCUCGGCUGCCAAAACAAAGGAAGAAGCCCCCGGUGCAGUAUGUACGCUGUGAGAUAGAGGGCUGUGGUACUAUCUUAGCCCACCCACGCUACCUACAGCACCACAUCAAAUAUCAACACUUGCUGAAGAAGAAGUAUGUGUGCAGUCACCCCUCUUGUGGUCGCCUGUUUCGUCUGCAGAAGCAGCUGUUGCGCCAUGCCAAACACCAUACAGACCAGAGGGACUUUAUCUGUGAGUAUUGUGCCCGUGCCUUUAAGAGCUCUCACAACCUGGCUGUACACAGGAUGAUCCACACAGGGGAAAAACCCAUCCAGUGUGAGAUCUGUGGCUUCACCUGCCGUCAGAAGGCCUCCCUCAACUGGCACAUGAAGAAGCAUGACGCCGACAGCUUCUACCAGUUCUCUUGUUCUAUUUGUGGCAAAAAGUUUGAGAAAAAGGACUGCGUGGUUGCCCACAAAGCCAAGAGCCACCCUGAGGUACUCAUAGCUGAAGCAUUAGCAGCCAAUGGCACCACUCAAACAGCCACCCCCUCCUCAGCUGUGGAGGUCGUCGCUGGGCUCACGUCACCCAGCCAGCCCUCAAUCAGCCAGGAGAUCCAGGACACACUGAGUGGCACGCUCACCCCGCUCGAGCAGGUGGUGCUGCCCUUCCCCCCUCAGACUCAGGUUGAGGUGUCCCAGGCACAGCUCCUCCAGCUGGCCCCGCAUCACGUGGUGCAGGUGAAGCAGGAACAGGAGACUCCUACUUUGCUCCAGCUCACCACUGCCCCAACCUCCACCUCCACCGUCCAUCUGUCCAGCAGCAGCCACCCACAGCUCAUCCAGCUGACCACGCUACCCGUCACCACCACCACCACACCGAUGGCUGCUCCAGACUGCCAGAGCUCCCUGCUGACCCUGAGCUCCGUCACCUCUCUGGCUUCCCAGCAGGCCGUGGAGUGGGUCAGGGGGCCAGACGGGGACGCACAGCUGGCCGGGGAGGGGGACCUGUGGGAGAGGGUGAUAGUGGGCAGGGAUCAUCAGGAUGUAGGGGGAAUGGUGUGGCAGGGUGACGGGGGGGACAGGAGAAAAGAAGACGAGGGAAUUGUUUGGGAUAGGGAAGGCGAGAGGGAGAUGCUGCUAGAAAGUGCUGAAGUGCAUGGCAAUAGCUUGAUCUAAAUCUCAUUUUUGGUAAACUGAUGGGGGCACAAAGAAGUGUAAUGUUCUGAGGCUUUGGCAGGGAUGAAAGCGACAAGAGUCUCAAAAUUUACUAAGCUCACACAAGAAGAACAAUUCAGAUAUGUAAUGAAUUAAGUAUAAUGCAGUACUCAUUUAGAUACCUAUACAACUCUACUUUAUAUCAGGGAGUAUUAUUUUUUAAUAGACUGUUCACUGAGUAUUUUAUCACUUAUUGAAUAUUUUAACACUUAGCCUAUUUUGGUUUUGACAGGUAAUGUGUGUGUGUGAGUGAGUGUAUGACAGAGAGACAGAUUAAAUAUAUAAUACAUAUAUUGAGAUGUUGUUGGAGGUGCAACAACUACAAGAUGAAAAUGUCUCACACCACUUGCAUCCCUAAAGGGUUCCCAGUUGUUUCUGUUUGUGUGCCUCUAAUGGGGAGGUGAAUGAUAAUGGGAGAGUGUCGGUGAAUUGCAGCUCAUUCAUCCGUUAUUUAUUCUGUAUGCUUGUAUAUAUGGCAAAGUAAUAUGAACCUAAAAAAAAAUUUUCUGGUAAAUUUUACAUGUAAGCAAUAUCAGUAACUUAAAAAGUCACACGAAAGUUUAAGAGAUGCAGCUACAACCAAAUGAGGGUGUCAGAGAAUAUGAAUUAUAGCCAUAUUGUAGCAAUGUAGACAAAAUGACACAAUUAAAACUUUAUAUAAUUAAGUUUUCAUCUAGACUCUAGAGUCACCCUUUCACCUUGACAGAAUAGAGGACAAGGAUGACAGGAGCACUAUUCCAAGUAACUGCAUAUUGAAAUCCUUCAGAGGCACAUAGGGCUGGGUGAUAUAUUCAUAUUUUAUCGAUAUCCUAAUGUGAAACCAGAUCUCUGAGAUAUGUAUUAUUUUAAUAUCAUGGUACAGUAAAGGGAUGCAAUUUUCUGAACUUGUUAGCCUGUUGCCUCCACAUCUUGUGUGUUCAUAUGUGAUAUAUAUAUAUAUAUAUAUAUAUAUAUAUAUAUAUAUAUAUUUAUACAUAUCCUCCACCAAUGGUCAGACCUUCGGUAACACCACAGUAUUGUUAUACAAGUAUUCAUUUAAAGAUAUUUGAUUUUGUCCAUAUCGUCCAGUCCUAGUAGCACCAGUAAUGAUGCAAAAAGUCAAGGUUUGAAACUGACAGAUGACUGAUAUAUUCUCUACCUUUUUGUCCACUUUUUUAACUCUACCAUGCCACUUUGAUAGAUGAUUGUAAGCCACUGACAGGAGGCUUAGUCAGAUGAAUUUAUGUCUUUGGGUCUAAUUAAUUGUCUAAAUCUCACCUAGUAUAAUAAAAACCAAACAGGAAUGUUUUUCUGCUUCACAUAAAGCAAGACCUAAAUUGUCUUCCUUGUUUGGUUGUAUUUGUAUUUUCACCUUCCUGCACUUAAUUGGUGCCAUAGUUUUGGCCCUUCAGGCACUGUGUACACUAUUUCAUCUGUUUUAACUCUUCAUCACAGAUGUUGCUCUCUGUUUUUUUCCCCCCUCCAGUUUUUGGAACAAAAGUACAGUAUAGCUUAUUUCUCCAAGAAUUUUUUUUUUCUGGAAUGGAUUUAAAUCACAACUGCAUACUGCCUCAGCUACUGUGCACUCAUGUCUACAGCCUUUAUUUUAAUUUAUCAGGAAAAGUUAAGGAUAAAUAUAAUAAACUAACUAUGUUAUGAA